AUGUUAAGAUGUGGCCAUGUUGAAAGUGCAAAGGCACUAGCAGGCGAGAUGGGUGUGUCGAAUGUAGUGGAUCUUGAGGUUUUCUCCAAAAUUGAACGUGUGACCAAUGCGUUGCUCAACAAAGACACUGCACCUUGCUUAGAAUGGAUUGCAGAGCAUCGAUCGAAACUGCGACGAAUGAACAGCAAGUUGGAGCAGAAUGCUGUAGAACUAGUACGGGAAAAUCAAGUGAAAGAUGCGCUGCUCUAUGUAAGAAGACACUUGGGUGUGAUAAAGGAGGAAUGGUGUGAGGAUGCUAUGAAGUUAAUGGGUCUUAUUGCUCUCUGUGCCCACAGUGGUGUAUCUGCGUAUAAAGAACUACUAAGCGAGCAUCGAUGGCAAGCACUAGCUGACUUGUUUCGUGAAGAAGUCUUCGCAUUGUAUCAGCUUCCACGUCAGUCAGCGUUUGCCAUAUGUCUUCAGUGUGGAUUAAGUGCCUAUAAAACGCCACACUGCUCUCCUGGGGGUGUGGAGCGAUGUCCAACCUGCCAGCCAUGUGCAUUUACCUUGGCUGAGGGGCUUCCCUACGCGCAUACGGUGAAUUCAAGAUUGAUUUGUUCGUACUCUGGUGAAGCACUUAAUGAGGAAAAUCAUCCAAUGAUGAUGCCUGAUGGGAGAGUGUAUGGUGAAAAAGCUAUUAGAGAGUUGCAGGUAGGCGGUCAUCCUCUGGUUUUGUUGUGUCAUUUCUUGCAUUCUUUAGUGAAAAGUGAUUUCCGACUAAGUGGCAUAGACACCAAUAAAGCCUCAUUUGUUCAUAUUUUUUAUUAUUCUCUGUAA